CACUUUAUACCACCCAUUCAUUCUAUAUCCUUUACUACACUCCUUCUUUUUACACCCUUCAAAAAGAAAAAAAAAUGUUUCUACAACAAAUACCUUUCAUUCGUCAUGUUAUUCAACAUAUUACAAACAACUUUACAGACGACGACAAGGAAUACAACAAUGAUAAAGACAAUAACUAUAAUGAUAACGACGACGACGACGACGACGAUGACGACGACGACGAUAAUGACUCUUUUUUUCGAUAUGCGCCAUCCUCUAUUUAUUCAACAGAAACAUUUGAUUCUGUUACUACAACAACAGAGACACUUUCAACUCAAGAUGAUAACAGUUCUUCUAUCUUUGAAAAAUCUUAUGUUUCAUUCCCAGAAUUUAUUCCCUCAUCGGCAUCUACUACAACUACUACUAUAUCAAAUAGAGUUUUGUUUACUAUGCCUGAAGUCGUUACCAUUACUGCCACACCCUUAUUUUGUAAUACACCUCAUUUCGAGCCUAUCUGGAAUAGAGCUUAUUAGUAUAAAUCAACCAUAAUAAUUAAAAGAAAAAAGAGAGGCAGCAAAAUAUAUCAAUUGACAAUGAACAAAUUGUAAAAAAAAAAGAAGAAAUUUCUUUUGUGUAAAUAAUAAAUUAAUGAGACUGGA